AUGGGUUGUGGAUUAAAGAAAGAAAAAUAAGAAGACAAAAAUGUGAUAGCUUCACUAAAACCAUUGAUUAAAUUUAAGAUCAUAUUUUCAAAUAUCAAAAUCAAAAAUAUUCCUCUUUAGAAAGCUAAAGUUCAUUUUUCAAUUGCUAAUUAAGAAUGUUUCUAAACUUAAAUAUCAUAAAAUAAUCCUAACCCACAUUGGAGAUAAACAUUUAGAUCAUUUCAUGAAAGUGAUUUAGAAACAUUAAAAUCAGAAUUUUUCAAAAUUGUAUUCUACUCUUAUUUAUUCAGAGUGUAUUUUGUGCUGAAAAAAAUAAAUGUUUUGCUUAUGUUGUUUAAAAUAUGUGGGAAGUUGCAAAUGGUCCUAUUCAUUAUGAUUUGUUUCUUGAAUCAACUAAAGCUAACUCAUCUAGAAUUACUUUUGAUUUAAGAAUGGUUUAAAUGACAACGUUAAAAAUUUAAAGUAAAUAAGUUAUGUGUGAACUUAAAGACUAAUUGAUGGAAUAAGUUUACAAUUUUCAAUUAAAAAUUAGAGUAUCAAUUCAUUAUUUAUAAGCAAGUCUCAUUAAAUGGAUUAUUAUAGUGAUUUCUCUCCUAAUUAUUUAAAUCAUUAUUUGUACCGUUAAUCAUCCCUUAAAUAAUAUGGAUAUAUUGAUUCUAAAGAAAAACUAAGAAGUGAAUCCGAUGAAUUUCAAUUAGUCAGAGAUAUCUUUGAUGCAUCUAUUGAAGAGAACAUUUAAUAAGAUCUUAAAAGUUGUUAUUUAAAAAAAAAUGCACUUAAAAAUGAUCAAGAUUUAAUUCUAAAAAAAUCUAAAUCUAAUAAUUAACUUAAUACAAUGAUACAUUUAUCAACAAAUUAAUCAUAAACUAAUAAGUCUUUAAAUUCUAGAAGACCUUAUUCAACUAUGGGAUUAAUUACAAAAAAAGAUAUAUCAUGGGAAUUUAAAGUAUAAGAAAAUAAUCCAUUCAUAUCUUUUGAUAUUUAUGUAGAUGAAUUUUCUAGUUCUUCUUUUGAAUUCAUUCUUUGGGGGAGUUCUAAACCAAAUGAAAAAUCUGACAAUGUUAAUGUUAGAAAAAUUGGUAAUUCCAUUAUUUCUCUUAAUAGAUUUUUCAGUUAAAAUGUUAAUGUUUUAGCUGAAUUAGAUAGAAUCUCACUAUAAGAAGUAAGAUUCACUGAUAAAUUAUGGAUUCAUGGUUAAUGUGUGGGAAGAGUUAAAGCAGAAUUUAUUAUUACUAAAGACACUUUUAUUAGAUAAAUGUUAGGAGGAUUCAGAACUGAAGAAGGAAUCUAAAGAUCAUCUUUAUUAUACAUUAAAAAAGAUAAAUAUUCUGGACCAUAAAGUCCAAAUAUUAAUCAAAUCAUUUAAAUUAAUAAUGAAAUAGAUGAAUUAGCUGGUAAACUUAAUUAAAAGAAUCUUUAACAUAGAGAAAGAGUUAAAAUUAAUAAAGCUAUUAAUUAAAUCAUUGAUAAAUUAAGUUCAUUAAUUAAAAACUAGGAGUUAUAUGAAAAUCUUGAAGAAAUGAUUGCUGCUUAAUUAGUCUUUGUAGAUUUAACUAAAAAUCUAUUGGAAAGUGCUGAUUUAAUAGAUGAAGAUUUAAGAGAUCAAUAUUAUGAUGUCCUUAUUACUUUAUUAAAUAGAGAUGAAUUCUUCAUUAGUUAUUUAGGUUUUGAUAAAGAUCUUAAAGAAGCAUAUUCAUUCAAAGAUGAUUAAAAUUACAAUUCUAAAAACAAAAAAUUAAUAUAACAAUUAAAUUAGAAAAUUAGAAUUGGAUUACAUUAUUAGAAUUUCUUACAUCAAACAUUUGAGAAAGUUGCAUUUAAAUUAAAUUAAUAAGGAUAAAAUGAUAAAGAAGAAUUAUUUGUAAAUACAUUUUUGGUAAUUGCAUUUUUCAGAAUCCCAUAAUUCUAAAAUUUAUUAAUUGAAAUCUUGAAAUAAGAUCAUCGAUCACUCUAAGAAGAAUUUGAAAAAGAUUUUGGAAUAAAUUGCACUGAUAAUACUUUUUCUGCUGAAUGGGAUAAAAAUUUUUAUGAUUAUUUGUAAAGUGAUCCUCGACAUUAAGAACAUAAAAAGCAAUUAGAAGGUAUACUUAAUUCUAUUGAUUGGAAGAACAUUAUACUUACUAGCAAAGUUUUUUUAAAAUGGUUUCAAUUGAUGUUAACCCAUUAUAAAAAAGCGAAACAUCCAUAUGACAUGAGUUUAACAUGGUCAGGUUUUCCUGGCUAUUUGAUUUUGAUUAAAUAUCUUUUAUUAGAAAUUAAGCAUUCAAAUUAAUAUCCAUAUCCAGAAACUAUAAAGUAGGCUUCAUCUUGUAUUUUAGAAAAUGAAAAUAUGUUAAAUUAUUUAGUAAUUGUAAUAUUUCAUAAAACUAAAUUAUAUGAUGGCAUAGCAGUGUUUUAUACUCUUGAUAUGAUUAACGAUUGGUUUGAUAUUUUGAAGAAAUAAAAUAAGAAAAUUCCAACAGAUUUUAAUUAUCAAUUUUUGAUGAAGGGUCUUUUCAUGAUUUUUGAUGGCUAACAUGCUUCAUCCAUAAGUAAAGCAUUAUAAUUAAUAUUCAACAUAUUUCCAUAAAUGCCUAUUGAGAUACAAAAAGAAAUUAGUGAUCAUAUUUUUGAUAAUUGUUUUUUCAAAUUUUUCAUGUUUUGGAGUAAAUUAGUAAGAUUUGUGUUUCAACAUUUUUUGAUAUAUAGAAUAUAACAUCGACUUAGAAAUUAUAGGCAGGAAAGUAUAAGAGAUAUCUACAAAGAAUUUGAAUGUAUAAAGUUAUAAAAAUAAAAAUAUACUGUUGAAGAAAAGGCUAAAUUACUUAAUCAUCUCAUUUACAUUAGAUAUUCAUAAAUGAUAGAAUUGGUAUUGAAAAUUAAGAGAAAGAUUGCAUAACAUAAUUUGUAAUAAGAAAGCUAAUUUUAAUUAUAAUUGGAGGCUAAAUCACUUAAAUUAAAGUUGAUGAAAAAAAAAUAACAAUAAAAAAAAUAUUAGCAUUAGUAAUUAAGGAGAAUGGAAUCCCCAAGACAUGAUCAAAUUGAUAUUUCAUUUGAAAAAUAAUAGAGAUCAAAUAUAAGUUUAACAUUUAGUUUGAAUGAUCCUUUCUAUAGUUCUGAUAUCAGAGAAGAUUAAAAAUCUUUUGAGUAAUCAAAUGAAAAUUUAAAGGAGAAUAAUGGUUCUAAUUAUGAUCAAAAUGAAAUAUAUUUGUUAGAUAGAAGUAUAAGUUCGAUUAUUAAUUUGAAUGAUUUAUUGGCUGAUAUUGAUUAGGACAAGAAAACUUAUGAGAAAAGAAAAUCAAGGCAUUCAAAUAGGAAUAACUCUGUUGAAUUAAAUUCAGAGAAGAGUCAAAAAAGUAGAAUAGAUGAAAAUUAGAAUCCUAAAAAGUUAAAAAUAUAUCAUAGAAUCAGCAAUUAAGAAAAUAUCAAAAAAUCAUUUACUAAAGAACUCUUAUCCUAUUUGUUUCCAGCUAUUUAAGAAUGGCAAGAAUAAUAAGCUAAUUAUAAGAGAUGGUUUUUAAAAGCUUAAGCAUUAAUAAAAAAAUAAUUUAAAUAAGACUUGUAGGAACAAUAAUUGAUGGAUAUUGAUCCACCUGAAAUCAAUUUGUAUGUACCUAAAGACGAAACAGAGAAUGAACAUGUUUACACUGAUCAUUGA